UGAGAAUUCCGUCCGAAGAUUCAGUUGUGUGCCAAGCUCAGCUUCGGCCUCUUCGCUUCACUCCGAUCCGUGGGAAUUCCGUUUUAUUACCUGUAUCGUCCAUAUUAUCGCGCCUUUUAUUUUGAUAACUGCUUCUGCGGUCGAUCUAUAAUAUUGCAGUAAACAAAACAUUACCCCCGAACCCACUGACGACGUCUUGAGAAAGGAUUAACCUGUUCGCUUGCGUAACAAUGUUAAGGCUGUCAUUUAUUUGCCUCUUUUUGGGAUUUUUGGCGAAAUCAUCAGCGGGCCAGUUUUACUUCCCCAAUGAGGCGGCCCAGGUUCCCAACUAUGGACGCUGCAUUACACCCAACCGCGAGAGGGCUCUGUGUAUCCAUCUGGAGGACUGCAAGUAUUUGUAUGGCCUCUUGACCACCACCCCGCUGAGAGACACGGACCGACUUUACCUAAGUCGCAGUCAGUGCGGCUAUACAAAUGGAAAGGUACUGAUCUGCUGUCCGGAUCGCUACCGAGAGAGUUCCCCAGAGACGCCUCCGCCAGCGAAGCCCAAUGUUACCAGUACCAGCCUGCUCCCGCUGCCAGGACAAUGCGGUAACAUUCUGUCAAAUCGUAUAUAUGGCGGAAUGAAGACGAAGAUUGACGAAUUCCCCUGGAUGGCUCUAAUUGAAUAUACGAAGGCCCAGGGCAAGAAAGGUCAUCACUGCGGUGGGUCCUUGAUCAGCACUAGAUAUGUGGUCACAGCCUCUCAUUGUGUUAACGGAAAGGCAUUGCCCACCGACUGGCGGCUUACGGGUGUACGCUUGGGUGAGUGGGACACCGCAACUGAGCCUGAUUGUGAGGUGGAUGUGCGUGGCAUGAAGGACUGUGCGCCACCGCAUCUGGACGUGCCCGUGGAGCGUACUGUGCCCCAUCCUGGCUAUAUACCGGCAUCCAAGAAUCAGGUCAACGACAUCGCUCUGCUGCGUCUUGCGCAGCAGGUGGAGUACACAGACUUUGUGCGUCCCAUUUGCUUGCCCCUGGAUUCCAAUCUGCGGGCGGCUACCUUCGAUGGCAUAACAAUGGACGUGGCUGGAUGGGGCAAAACGGAGCAAUUGUCGGCCAGUAACCUUAAAUUGAAAGCGGCCGUGGAGGGAUUCCGUAUUGAUGAGUGUCAGAACGUCUACAGCAGCCAGGAGAUUCUGCUCGAGGACACACAGAUGUGCGCCGGCGGUAAGGAGGGAGUUGACUCCUGCCGCGGAGACUCCGGAGGACCACUCAUAGGAUUGGACACCAACAAAGUUAACACAUACUACUUCCUGGCUGGCGUAGUGUCCUUUGGACCAACACCAUGCGGUCUGGCUGGAUGGCCAGGAGUUUACACGCGGGUUGGAAAAUAUGUCGAUUGGAUUCAAAACACUAUCGAGGCCUGAUUGUAAAUUGUUUUAAUGUAAAUAAAAUCGACCAACAGA